CCGGCCUGACACGGUGCUGUGGCAAAAAAAAAACUGCGUUUUCACUCACCGGCGCGACUCGCCCCGCGGCCCCGUCAAGUUCGGUCGUUAGGAGGGCUGCGCUCUCCAUCUCCCGUCGGAAACCAUUAAAAACAAAAGACAACUCAGUCGGCGCGGUAGCUUUCCCAGCCCAGGCAGCGUCUCAUCCCCGCGGCCGUCCUGACCAGCUGCUGGCAUUUAAAGUUUAUCAGGGAAAAAAAGCCACCAUUGAUGGGCAGCCUGCCUGCGGGAUUUGGCGGUCGCCGUGCUGCCCGGAGCCCUGCGCCCUUGGCUCCGCCUCCGCGGCGCUGACUCCGUCAGUCUCCGAGCGCCUGCGUCCUGUCCGAAUGGGGAAGGCGGCCGCCACGCUGAGCCCGCUGUCUGAGCUCCCGAAAGCAGCAGCAGCAGCAGCAGCUGGCGGCGGGGUGUCCGAGGGCUGCCGACGCAUCUGAGGUGGGAGGCGGCUUCGUGUAGCUUUUAAACCCCGGGGAGGCGAACCGGCGACAUGUUCCCCGUCAGACCCGGGAAACCGACGUUCAAGUCGUACCUGCCUCUGCCGACCGAAGGGAAGAAUCCUAUCCAGGGCAUGAAGAACUUGGAGGCGAAGUUGCUGCCCGGUGAGAUCGUGGUGACCGAGGUGAACUUCGUGAGGAAAUGCAUCGGCCCCGACAGCAGCCCGGACGACCUGUGGGGGAAGCUGAUCUGCACCAACUUCAAGAUCUCCUUCGUGACCCACGGUAGUCUUCCUCGGCAGAAAUUCCAGUAUACGAACCGGCUUUUGGGAGAGCACGACAUCCCCCUGGCAGGAGUGGAGCAGGUAGUCACCGCGAACGAAGCGAAGGGCAAGCAGAAGGUUCUGGGCUCAAACCAGAAGCUCAAGUUCAGUCCCACCGAGCUUAUGGUUUACUGCAAGGACUUCCGCAUCGUCAGGUUCCGCUUUGACGAGGCCGGGCCAGACAGCACCAAGAAGGUGUGCCUGGCCAUCGCUCACUACUCCCAGCCCGCCGACCCCCAGCUGCUCUUCGGCUUCGAGUAUACCGGCAAGUGCUUCCACAGCUCCUCAGGUGACCGGGCCAAUGGUCUGGACCCCGGAGGCAGCUUACAGACCGCCCUGUUUGACCGCUCCUCUGACUGGGACCGCGAGAUCAAACGCACUGGAGCCUCUGGCUGGAGAGUGUGCUCUGUCAACGAAGGUUACGCAGUCUCUCCCAGCCUUCCCGAGUUUUUCGUGGUACCGGCGUCGUUGGCGGACCAAGAUCUGAAGCAGUUCUCCGUCUCCUUUGCAGGCAAGCGCAUCCCAAUGUGGUGCUGGAAUCACAGCAAUGGGAGUGCUCUGGUCCGAAUGGCCGGCAUUAGGGACCCUCUUCAGCAGAGGAACGUUGACCGGAGGAUCUGUAGCGCCAUCACCAAGAGCCAUCCCAAGUGCAACGACGUUCUCAAGUCCGACCUGGACAGAAGCCUGCCGAACAUCCAGGAGAUCCAGGCUGCCUUCGUCCGGCUGCGGCAGAUCUGCGUCAUUGAGCCCUUUGAGGAGAACGAGGAGAGGUGGCUGUCGUCCCUGGAAAGCUCGAAGUGGCUCGAGUAUGUCAGGGCCUUUUUGAAACUCUCCGUAGAGGUAGUCUACAUGCUGGAGGGACAGCUGUGUUCGGUCAUGCUGCAAGAGGAGGAGGACCGUGACCUCGCCUGCGUGGUCUCCUCUCUGGUGCAGCUCAUGCUGGACCCCCAUUACCGCAGCCUGGGGGGCUUCCAGAGCCUGGUGCAGAAGGAGUGGGUGAUGGCUGGCCAUCGCUUCCUGGACAGGUGCAACCACUUGAAGAAGAAUGAUGGGGAAGAGUGCCCCCUGUUCCUGCUCUUCCUGGACUGCGUGUGGCAGCUGAUGAACCAGUAUCCCGCCGCCUUUGAUUUCACAGAGACCUACCUGACCGUGCUCAGCGACAGCAUGUGGAUCCCCGUCUUCAGCACCUUCCUCUUCAACUGUCCCCGACAGUGUGCCGAGCGCAGCAGGGACUUUGCGCAGAGUGAAAGCAUCGAGCUCGGGCAGGACAAGGCUCUGCGCUUCCCCUGCGUGUGGGACUGGGGACAUCAGUUCUCCGUAAAGGAUCAGACCCUGUUUAACAGUCCUCUCUACGUGGGCAAGAGUGUCACCUUUGUGCAUAAUGGCACAGUGAAGACCUUCAGGCGGACCAAGAAGAGCCACAGUGCCUCCCUGAGGGGCCCGCCAUCUUUGCCCAACGGGUCGAUGGUCGAGCUGGAUACGCUCACGCGGCGAAACUCCCUGGCACUGCGGCUGAAACCGGAAUUCUGGCCGCCGCGCGAAGUCCCAGAGAGCCCGGCAGAGAGCUUCUCCCGCGAGUGGCUCUCGCGGCCCGUGGACCUGCAGGGCCUCCUGCUGCCCCAGCUUCUGCCCUCUCAUCUCCAGCUUUGGAGGCUCUACUUUCUGCGCUGGGUCCCGGAGGCCCAGAUCUCGCGUGGCGGCUCCGUCACGGCUUUUCACCGGCUGUCGCUGCUGGCCGACGAGAUCGAGACCCUGCAGAACCAGCUGCGGCAGCAUCGGGCCUCUACGCCGGCCUCCACCCCCGCCUCCACCCCCGCCUCCACCCCGGCUACCCCCGACCACGAAAGCAGCCGGAUGUACUUUAAGGCCGGCACCCCUGACGACCUACCCUCGACCCCUGAUUACCUCACCUCCUCGUUCCCCUUCUCUCCCGUCGGUAACCUCUGCCGGCGCAACAUUCUGGGAACCCCCUUCAGCAAGUUCCUCAGCGGAGCUAAGAUCUGGGUCUCCAGUGAGAACCUGGCCAACGAGACUCUCUGAAACACUGGACCAGGGCUCAUUGCAGCCCCCGACCUCCAUGGUGGAAGAUCUGAUUGGUGUGCCUGCAGCAAGCAGGACGCGCUGUGAGCCAGACCCUGCAGCCAUCAUGGCUAGAGUCCAGCAUCCUUUUCCUCCAUUGGUCUAGUUAUACCAGGGUGACUCCAUUGUGCCUGACUGCCUCUUAUGGUUAAACUUGCUUUUCAUGAGGAUGAUGUGUAACUUUAAGUAGGAAAGUGACAUAAAACAACAUACAUUUUCUGGGAGAAAUGGAGGGAGGACCCUUAACAGAUUUUUCCUCCCUCUGGUUGGUCGCAUGUUCUGAUCCUUUUGUGUGCGUGUCCCGGAGGAAUGGUUUAAGGCUGCCACCUUCUGGUAAGGUGUUACCCCAGCUGCGCCCAGUCGGGUGUAUGUGGCCGUAACUCCUAAAUGUUUGCCUCACUCUGGUGAAGGGCGUACACCCCGAAACGGGUGACCUUGGUCUUUAUCAGGGUGGGGCCCUUGGCUGCCCGGUGACGAGGCUGAGGUGGGGGACGGUAGGGAAUGUGCUCCUGUUGUUUUAGUCCCGUGCGGGAUGCGCAAAUCCCUGACUGUGUGCUCUGCCGCUCAUCGCGGGGGUGCGAGUGCAGCUGCCCCGCCUGCCAGUGUCACGGCAGCAGACGACGAAAACAUUCACUGCUCAGCUGCAUUUGCCGCCCCAGUGUGAACUGCUGGGAUUCCGCCACAACAAACCAAAUAUUUAAUUUUCCCGUGGUAUGCGUGUUGGUGUGUCAUAUGAAUUUGAAUGAUGGUUUUUUUUUCUGCUAAUGUACAUAUUUCGUUUGGAUUUUAAAUACUUACAAGUAAUUAUAUUAGUGGUACAUUAAUUUUUAAGCUGAUAACUUAUAGUUAAGGUACAAUAACAUCUGCUUAAUUUCAGCCCUCGCUGCUAGCGCAUGCCGGCCGAGUCAGAGGCUCUGCCCGCAGUUUGAUACAGGGAUGCAGCACUGAUAUUUAUUCAAUUAUGCAAUGUGGUUCAAAUGGGAACAUCGACAGCCACUGUGCCUUUUGGAAAGGGGGGGGGGGGGAUCUGGGCUCACCACACACCAUUUAAUGGCCUUUGCAAAAUAACUUCUAUGGGCACGUCGCAUUUUUCAGGACUUCGCAUCAGUGGAUGCGUACUGAGAGCUGCGCUGACCAAUACUGCUGCUGCUGCUGCACCCACAAGCUCUAUUGAAAUGUACGGUUCUGUUUAGCUCUUUUAAAUGCAAGACGGAAAUAAUCCUGUUAAGCAGUGAUAAUCCUGUUGCUGCACCCUGUGUUUAUGCCUUCGUCUGUGGGCCCCGGAGUCACACCGACUCACGCUCUACCAGUCGGGCUGCAUGGGCCCCGGGCCCUCAGCGUGCGGUCUGCUCAGGGCCCCUCUCGGCGAGGGGUAGGUUGUUUCUGAGUGUCGUAGGCGUGCUCCAGGGUUACAGAGGGCUGACUAUGGAUGAUAUUUAAGAUAUCAAAAACAGCACUCAAUAAAAGUACUCUGCAGAAUCUCA